GUGCGUGCAGCCGACGCUGGAAAAAAAGUGGGUCGCGUUGCGCGCGUAAAUUUGGGUCGCAAUUGCACUACGACCUCUGCUCCGCUCUGCAUUCCAAUCCCGAGACCGACGAGACCUGAGAGAUGAGCGCCAUGUCGCUGCAAACGAAACGCCAGCACUGCUACCUAUGCGACCUGCCCCGCAUGCCCUGGGCAAUGAUCAACGACUUUUCGGAGGCGGUAUGUCGCGGCUGUGUCAACUACGAGGGCGCCGAUCGCAUCGAAGUCGUCCUCGAUGCUGCACGCCAAAUGAAGCGACUCCACCCAAGCAGCAAGCAUCAGCGUGGCGUUGCCCACGAGAAUGGUGAAGUGGUUGUCCUCCAACAACAGCAGCAGCAGCGUGCUGGUGGCGGCGGUGGUGGUGGUGGUGGUGGCGGUGGUGCACCCUCUUCCAGUGUUGGACCCGCUUCGUUGUCGCUGUCGCAUCAGCAUGCUGUCGCAGCAGCAGCGGCGGCAGCAGCGGCAGCCGCCUAUCAAAUGCCCCGCAUUGGUCCACAUGCCCCACCCCCACCGCAGCAGCAGCUAAUGGAUUUUCCCGUUAAAUUGGAAUCCUCACCAGAUGUGCGACCCGUGCGCAUUCCACAUAUGACGGCCCACCACAUGCAACAGCAGCAGCAGCAGCAGCAAGCUGGCAACCAACAGCAACAACAACAAAGACCCGGCACUGGUCCCGGACCCGGUCCCGGUCCUCUGCCCGUAACGGUACCCGGCUCCACGCUGCUGCCCGCACUCUCCGUCAAUCUAAAGCGUCCGCCCUCCGACGAUGUCGAUGUCGAUGGCCAGCAGCAGCAGUCGCAGCAGCAGCAACAUGGCGGACCCAGCCAUGUUGGCGUUGGCGUCAGCGUCGCCGAAUUAGCCGCUGCUGCUGCCGCCGUCGGUCCGUCGAGUGUGAAGCGCAGCGCUCUGGAGGAUCCCAAUGGAGUGCGGCCGCCAUUGACGCGUGGCGAAUCGCUGCCAGCGGCUGUCAGCUAUGUUCCAACGGAGCGACAGCUCAACAUGCGUGACAAACAGCAGCCGGUGCGAGCGCCCAGCUUCGAUGCAUCCACCUUCAAGGCGGGCGUUUCGCAUUCUUUUUACAUUGUAGAGCACUUGUCACCCGCCAGUCGACGCAAUGGAUCCAGCCCGCCAUCGGGACCGUUGCCCCCGCGCAGUGUCCACUCACCCAACAGUUCAGGCUCUUCGUCGAGUCGUCGGUCGUCGGGCUCUCGCCAUGUUUCCAGCACAACCGUUACUAGCAGCGAGGUCGGCGGAUCGAAUUCGGUUCAAGCGGCCGCAGUCGCUGCUGGUCUAAGCGCUGGCAGCGCUGCAGGCGGCUCUCUGGGCGGACCGGGUGGCGGCGGCGGUGCCAGCAAUUCACAGCUAAGCAAUUGCAGUAGCGUCGGCGUCGGCAGUGCUGCCAGCGGCAACGGCCCAACAUCGCUGCCACCGAAUCCAAAUGCCGUUGCUGGCGAUGGCAGUGCUGCUGGCGGCGUCGCAGUCGGCGGCCCCAGCGGCAGCAAUGGUAGCGGCGGCAGCGCCGUCAAUGCCGGCCCAGGCAGCAGCGGCGGCGUCAGUCAAGGCGGUACGCCGGGCGUCGGCAACGGCAGUAGCAGCGGUGGCGGCGGCGGCGGUGGUGGCGGAUCAGGUGGCCUAAGUGGUGCACCCGGCAGCAGCAGCAGCAGCAGCAGCGGCGCAUCGCCCAAUGCGGCAGCGGCGGCGGCGGCGGCAGCGGCACAGAACGCAACAUUAAAGUGCACCCUGUGCCAGGAGCGGCUAGAAGACACACACUUUGUCCAGUGUCCAUCGGUGAACAUUCACAAAUUCUGCUUUCCCUGCAGUCGCGAAAGCAUCAAGCGUCAAAAUGGUCUGGGCAACGAGGUGUAUUGUCCCAGUGGUGAGCGAUGUCCGCUGGCCAAUUCCACCAUACCGUGGGCAUUUAUGCAGGGCGAAAUCACCACCAUAUUGGGCGAGGAGGUGAAGGUGAAGAAGGAGCGCGAAUCUUAAUGUCCAUUUUACUGUAAAAAGCUGCGCAGAGCUUUGGAGCACUUUUGAGCCAGCCACUUAAACAGCAAGCAAAGAACGAGAGCGAAAGAGAGAGCGAAAGAGAGAGAGAGAGAGCAAGCGAGAGAGAGUAUGAGUUCUGUUUUUCCUUGGUGAUCAAUGGCUGGCUCUGUCCUCUCUCUCUCUCUUUCUCUCUUUCACUUCUACUCUGACUCUCACGUUCGCUCUCUCUCGUAUCUAUGACACAAAAUUAGAGAGAGAGAAGCGAUGAUAAACUUUAUUUUGUGGCGACCGCGUCGCUGCCAGCAGCAGCAUCAGCAGCAGCAGCAACAACAACAACAACAACUG